UUUCUGGCAAGCUCUUGAAAUUUCCUAUGUUGGGCCCACCAAAGCAGGAGCCGAAGAAACUAUAUCUCGCAUCCUGAGUUCAACGACGUGUCCGAAGACGAACAUGGCGUUAGCGACCGGAGCAACCCUAAGCCAUAUUGCCAGAGAAUCUUCAGAUAUCAGACGCCUCGCCGAUUUCUACAAAGAGGUGUUUGGGUUUGAAGAGAUUGAAAGCCCUGAUUUUGGAGAUGUAAAGGUCAUAUGGCUGGAUUUGCAUGGCGCCUUUCCAAUGCACCUGAUCCAGAGGAACCCUUCUACGAAGCUUCCGGAAGGUCCGUACAGUGCGGACACGUCAGCCGUGCGUGAUCCCAGCCAUCUCCCCAUGGGCCACCACAUCUGCUUCUCCGUCUCUGACUUUGACUCUCUGGUUCAGUCUCUCAAGGCAAAAGGGAUCGAAACUUUCCAAAAGUCACUUCCAGACGGAAAAGUCAGGCAGGUUUUCUUCUUCGAUCCGGACGGAAAUGGGUUAGAGGUCGCAAGUCGCCAGGCCUAAGCGCAGCGGUUGAGAUGCAAGUGUUUGUCCAUGAAAUGAAACAGAUACAUACAUGCAUAUAUAUAUGUGUGUAUAUAUUCAGUAUGUUGGAAUAUGUGGAAAAAUAACAAGGCUGUCGUAUAUAAAAGAGCCUUCUCUUCACUCUGCUUUUUUUACACGAGGUUUGACAUA